GACAGAAAUAGAACAACGUUACAAGGAGAAUCGUCAUAACUUGUCAAAAUUUUUCAUGGACCUGCCAACCACUGACAUAAUAUAUUAAUAAGGCGUCCUAAAUUUAGACACGCAACUAUUUUAUCCUUGUGGAAAUAUCUGUACAAGUAACGGCUGGCCGUCAUUGGUAAAAUCAGAUUUACUUGAAAGACAGCGGUGAAAACAUACAACAAAUUCUGUUUUGUUAUUUAGACUUGGAUAUAAGUUUUCAUUUGAUAACUGGCAGGAGAAUCAGUGAUGAAAUCCUUGUUAUGUGCGUACAGCCUAUUUUCUCUGCUUUUAACUGGAAGUGCACAGCAGUUUAACAGACCACACCCUCUGUACAGCAGACAACAAGAAGCAAAUAAUAACGCUCUAGCUUUAGCGCUCCUUUUCGGUUUAGAUUUUAAUGAAUAUCUGGCAUUUCAAGCUACCAACAACAGACCGGGAGGCUUCGGCAACUUUGGACUAGGAAAUCUAGGCCUUGGAAAUUUUGGUCUACCGCUUCAUCCAAGAGCACGCCAAAGGGCUACACAAAACCUAAACGCAUUGUCUGCUCUCGGGAUUAUUGACGGACCAGAUUUGCCAGAUGGACCAGCUGGAGGCCGAGGUAAAGGUCGACGGGGAGGUCCAAAACGUGCUGGAGCGAAAGGCGGGGCUGGCGCUGCAGGGGGUGAGGCACCAGAAGGGGCGCCGGCAAAGAAGAAGCCAAGAAGAAGGGGACCACGCCGUAAAGCAGCUUCCAAAGCGGCUAAUGCUAAGAAAUAAUCAUUGGAUGGUUGACGGGUGUGUCUUGAAAGCACGUGUAGCGGUUGACAUUGCAUCAAAUACUAUAGUGACAUAAUAUAAAACAUUUUUGAGUAUACUAAUAUAAUAUGAAAAUAUUUAUUGUAAUAUGUUUAUAAAACAAUCAUUCAUCCGAACUAACAAACGCAUUUUUCAAUAUUCAAUUUAAAAUCUGAGACAAAAAAUAAGAAGACAAUGCCAAUACUUCUGUUUUCAGAAAUCACUACGUCAAUACAGGUAGUGCGUAGAUAUGUUAAAGUAUACAAAUUGUUUACUAUCUUGAUAUACUCACAGCCAGAAAAUAUAUAAAUACCUUUAUCUGACAAUUGUGAAAAGUUCUAAACUAGUAUCAAAACAUGGGUACACUUAAAUAACAGUUUUUGUUCAUAAUUAGGAAAAAAAAACUUUUUGUAUUCUGUAACUACCAUGAAAGCAUACUUAUUUUUUCACGUUUGUAGGAAAUCUUAUCGUCAGUCAGCCACCAAUGUUACCUUGUAAAUAAAUAUAUAAACUAUAUUGUACAAUGUGUGUGUAUGUCUCGAAAUAGACAAAACGUAUGGAACGCUUGUCAACCUAUCCGAUAAAAAAUGUGCUACUAUAUUAACAACUAACUUGUACUUAAUGAAAGUGCGAUUUAUCUAUUUUAUUUUCGAGAUAUUCAUUCUCUUUGUUUCUUUUCUGUUAUCGAAACUGUGUCAGAAAGAUUAAUUUUGUUAAUAGGCUCUUGUUAUAAACUUGUUAUCCAUAGAAAAUAUACCGCGCCUGCUUACCACAAUAGCAAGAGCGCAGAUCUAUGGAUCACGAGAUUGUCAGUUCGAUCCCCGGGCAAGGUGUUCUACAUUACGAUUUGAUAAAAGACAUUUACUCAUCCAACUCUGAUUGAUGUGGAGAUGUUGAAAGAUACUUGCAGAGAACAGGUUAGAACUGAUACAAAAUCCAGGAACACUGGUUAAUUGUCCACCGUUAUAUAACUGAAAUAUUGAAAAAAGGAGCUAAACACAAAAGAAACAAAACAUACUAGAAUCUCAAAAUCUUUCAAGUUUACAUUUAUUUCCUCAGAAAACAAUGACUUACACUUCAAUAUAUUCAAAAUGAAGAUGUCGAUAUUUUUGUUCAUAGACGCAUAAUAACUUUUUAGUUACAGCUGGUUGUUCUUUUGCUUUGUGCAAAGAUAUAUGUGUAUUUGUAUGUUUGAUCAUUUUCUUUACUUUAAAAUUCAAAAAUACUCUUAAUUUUGCAUUAGCACCAAACUUUGUUAAGUCUUCAUUGGCCCCGCUAAUUAAAGUCUUAGCGAGAUGCUAAUUUUGUUCCUUGAUGCCAAUUUUUGCUGCGUUUAGAUUAGAUUUUGCUGCUGUUACUUUGUUUGUCCUUCGCUUAUAUUUAUUUGGAUAAUAAACGCAUUACAAAAUGUU